AUGCUUGUGGCGCAGCUCCAGGCGGUAUUUCCCGAGCUAUACUCGACGUUUUAUAACGGCCGUCGCGGUUCGGUCGCGCUCGUUGGGUCCGAGUCGCAAACACAACAUCACGACCAGGGAUCACAUCACGCCAGCGCAUGCGCAUACCUAUGCUCUGACAGAGGCUUGAAUGAUCCUGGAAAGUCGCUUUCGUAUCUGCCUUUGAAGAUCUACACGUCUGCCAACUAUGUGUGA